AUGCGUGAUGUCAUUGGGUUGGCACCAGAUUUGCUUCCGGUUUUGCAUACUCCACCAAGCUCUUUGCUAGAUUGGCUUGCUCUAUGUUAUACUCUAGUCACACCUCGUGCUUUUGCUUUUUUGCUGAUGUUGUUAUGGGGAGUGUGGAAAGAGAGAAACCAACGACUUUGGGUUGGAAAGGAAAGGACUGUGCAACAGGUCUUUUGUCAUACUAAUUCUAUAUUGCAAUCAUAUGUGGUAGCCAGACAUAGUGUGACACCUAGAUUGGGGAGGCAGGUUAAGCCGUGGAGUCCUCCUCCUGCAGGUUGGCUUAAGGUGAAUAUCAAUGGUGCCUUUGAUCAAGGCACACGCCGGGGAGGGUUAGGGAUAGUAGUAAGAGAUGCAGAUAGCAUGGUGGUGGCAGGUGCUUGCGGUCAGUGUUCUGAUGUGUUGCAGCCAAUAGUGGUAGAGGCCUUGGCAAGCAGAUUAGCUUGCAAGCUAGUGGAGGAGAAUUCUCUAGCUCCAGUUAUUUUUGAAUCAGACUGCCUGCAGUUGGUUCAAGCUAUCCAAAUGGAUGGAGAUGAUACCUCGCAGUUGGGUAGAAUUGUUGAUGACAUUUCUUUGUCUAUUUCUUAUUUAGCUGGUUCUUUUUUCUCUCAUGUUUAUAGAGAAUCAAAUAUGCUAGCUCACAAGCUAGCUAAGUAUGCUUUGGCUUCAGGAUUGCAGAUUUCUUGGAGUGGGCAUGUCCCUCCUGGACUUAGCAAUUUAUUUUGUAACAAUUAG